AUGCAAUUCACGUCUACCUUCUUUGUUGCUGCUCUCGUCGCAUUUGCGGCCGCUUCACCUGUUGAGCAAAACACUAACAAGAGAAUUGCAGUAAACGAAAAGUGUUUCUCUGGUUGUGGUUCAUCUCAAGGAGUUGUCUCGGUUACUCAAGCAACUUGGUCAAGCGGUGUUGUCUUUGGAAACCAAGCAUUCACUAGUUUUCCACAGCUUACUCAAGGAUUUCAAAACUUUGGAACGAUUUGUGCAAACACAUUCUCACAAUGGAGCUCGAGUGGAGAUCAAUUCCAACAAAUCUCAUACGAGAUUCAUACGAUGGUGAUUCAAUUCCAAGCCAUGGUCAUUCAAUUUAUCAACAUUGGUGGAUGUGAUGUGUGCGAAUCAUCUCAUGCUGCUCAAUUUACAUCAGCCAUCACACCAGUCUUUCAGCAAUUCCAAUCUAUGAUCACCAUCAUCACCCAGAGCUACAGUAGCUAUCUUCCACAAUGUCAACCCGAUUUUAACAUCCUUCAUUCUUGUCUCCGUGUUGUUGUUGGAAUCCUAAUCUCUUUGAACAUCAACGUUUCUAGCUUGUUGGUCAGCAUCGGUAUUAAUCUUCACCUCUUUGCAAUCGUUGGUAUCAACCUUCAAGUUCUCUUGAGCUUAGAUCUUUCACAUCUUUUCAGUGGUCAUGGUCUUCUUGGUGAUUUUCUCUAA